UAUGCAGAAGAUUAAUGUGUGCUAAUGCGUGGAGUGCUUUGAUCUACAGCGACGUGAUAGUUGUUGAGGACGUUAAAUGCAACCCUCACAUCUUUCAAAAGAUAAAAACUUUGUCUUAUUUUCUCUUCUAUUUUUUUUCUUCUCCCUCCUUCUGAACAAGCCAGCUUCAAUGGAGCAACUGUACUGUGCAGUGAGGGAAGAUGAAGAGGAAGAACAACAACAACUACUGCAAGAUGGUUCAGCUUUGAAAGGAAGACAAUCCCUGCAACAGGGAAAAAAUGGUAGUAUUACCAAUGCUGAAGCACCUUCCUUUUUUUCUUCAGUGGGAGAACAAUCUUUUCCUCAGAAGGAGGAAGUGCUUCAUACCCACAAAGAACACACAGAACAACCUGCUCAAAAGGUUGAAGAAACAAACAAUGUUGUUGCAGAAAAUGGCAGUAACUUCAACGAUGAUAGUGAGAAAGGUGGGAACGGAAUCAUAGCUGAGAUUGUAGAAAAUGUCAUAAAUGGAGAAGCUUUAAGCAUUGCUACCAUAAAUGCUGAUGCAUCACACCAUAAGAAUAGUGUUUAUUUUGACCAACAGCAAGGAAUGUGGAAAUGUCACCACUGCUCAUGGACCAAGAAAUUUGACAGUCCUUGGAAUUUGCGGCGUGGGAAUCUUAAUGGCUACUCUGAGUUGCUUAUGAAUGCUAAAACUAUGAUUCAACAUGGACCAUGUACUGUGUGUGAAACUCAAGGUGAUGCUUCUAGUGAAGAUUCUGUAGCAGAUCCCGCUUCAAUUGAAGAUUCUAAAAUUGAUAAUCCAUUGGAAAUAGCUCAGAAUAGUCAUUCUUCUUUGAUGAAAGAAGCACAAUCACCAGAGCAAUCAUUUGACUGUGAAGUAGUUGCAAAUGAUGUAGCUAGAGACAAACAAAAUUUCAUAGUAAAUGGCUCGAUUCCAUCAAUUGAAGAUUUGAAGAAAGUUGAAACGGGUAUUGAAGACGAAAUAAAACCUUCUGUUGCAAACAAGGAGAAUGAAGAAUUGGAAACCUCAACAUCCCAGGCAGCUUAUGUUCCAACUGAAGGAGCUACUGUAACAGAAGCACAUACUGAAAUCUAUAUUGGGGAACAACCAAGGGCUGAAAUUGGUGAGCACCAAGAGUGGGAAAUACUUAAAAGCAUUGUGUACGGUGGUUUAGUUGAAUCAAUCACUAGUCUUGGGGUUGUGUCAUCUGCUGCUUCUUCUGGUGCUGCUCCAUUGAAUAUUAUAGCAUUGGGGUUGGCGAAUCUCAUCGGUGGACUUUCUGUCAUUGGCCAUAAUCUCACUGAUUUGAAAAAUGGUCAUUUUGGAGGGAAUCCAUCACAAGAACGAUAUGAAGAACUACUUGGCCGUAGAGAAAACUUCACACUUCAUGCUUUUCUAGCUGUGUUAUCAUUCAUAAUUUUUGGUUCUGUCCCACUUGUUGUCUACGGCCUCUUAAUGUCUAAGCACUACUCUGAUGAAUAUAAUAUUGCAGCUGUGACAGCCUCUUCUGUUGUGUGCAUCAUUCUUCUUGCUAUGGGAAAAGCUUACACCAGCACACCACCCAAAUCCUAUAUAAAAACAGUGCUGCAUUAUGUUAGCUUGGCACUUGCAACCAGUGGAGUCACUUACAUAGCUGGUGAUCUAGCUAAGGAUCUCCUAGAUAAAAUCAGUGGCUCAGAAUCUGGUUAUGUUCUUGCCAUGCCCUUGUCAGACAGAACAAGAAUGGAACCAGCGUGAAUGUCUUAUUCAAGCUUAUAUUUCAAUGUUCCUGCUUCUGCUUCUUCUUCUUCUAGCUUCUUCUAGCCAAAUAAGGAUCCAGAAAAUAUGUGGUUUAGUUGUUAGUGUUCCAAGCAACGUUCUCAAUUUUAUAGUUUUCUUGGAUUCUUUUGUUAACAAGUCAAGGAAAACUGUCAUUUUUUUUUUAUCAGCAAAGUA